AUGAACCCUAAGGUUAUUGAGACGUCCCUGGGCGUGGAAAAAGCUCAUGAUGAGUUGGUCGACGACGAGUAUGCGCUUGAAAAGCUCUCGAUGUCAAAAACGUACGAUUAUUCUGGAGCGACAAGCAAGACCGAUCCAGCAGAGAUUGCCCUGGUGAGGAAGCUCGACUGUCGCAUCAUGCCGAUGAUCUGGGCGAUGUAUUUCUUGAACUAUUUGGACAAAAAUGCGAUUGCCUCAGCACGUCUUAACGGGUUGGAGGACGACAUCGGCCUCACAGGGUCCCAGUACAACACCUCGAACAUUCUCUCUACUGCAUUCUCCGGAUUGAUUGCCGCCGCCAUAUUUUCUACGAUUGACGGAGCGCAUGGAAUAGAAGGCUGGAGAUGGCUGUUUAUCAUUGAAGGAGUCGUCACAUUCGGGAUUGCCAUACUAUCCAUGUGGGCGUUACCAGACCAUCCAUCGUCCACACGCUGGCUUUCGGAGCAAGAGAUGGCAAUAGCUCAAGAGAGAAUUACCAGGGAUACAGUGGAGAAGACGGAAUCUGAAAGUGCGCUGCAAAGCCUCAAAGUCGCAUUCUCCGACCCUCGUCUCUAUCUUUUGGCCUUGAUGCAAAAUCUCCAUCUUUCUUCUGCCGGAUUCAACAACUUCUUCCCCACGGUGGUGGGCACCCUCGGGUUCAACCGCACCGUCACGUUGGUCCUGACAUGUCCGCCAUUUGUAUUUGCAGCAAUCUUUGGGCCCCUCCUUGCGCUCAGCUCUGGAAGAUUCAAUGAGCGGACGUGGCACAUUACCGGUGGAAUGGCUAUGGGAGUGGCGGGCUUUGUUAUAGCAGCGGCGACUCUUAACACGGCUGCUCGGUAUGUCGCCUGUUUUCUGUUCUCGGCUGGUGUCUAUUCCGUCAACUCAUGCAUCCUCGGAUGGGUAUCAGCGACACUCGGACAAACAGCAGAAAAGAAAGCGAUUUCCUUGGGAUUUGUCAACAUUGUGGCCAAUGCUUCUUACAUCUACACUCCAUAUUUGUACCCAAGCUCUGACGGUCCGCGCUACCUACCAGCCAUGGGUGCCAAUGCAGGCUUUGGGGCUGGAACCGUUAUUUGUGCGUGGGUGUUGAAGAUCUGGCUGAUGGCUGAGAACAAGAAAUUGAGAGCCAGUUCUGGGGACGGUGGACUUGCCUACGCUUAUUGA